AUGAGAACUACGACUAAUACGACGAUAGUAACUACUACUACUACUACUACUACUACUACUACUACUACUACUACUACUACUACUACUACUACUACUACUACUACUACUACUACUACUACUACUACUACUACUACUACUACUACUACUACUACUACUACUACUACUACUACUACUACUACUACUACUACUACUACUACUACUACUACUACUACUACUACUACUACUACUACUACUACUACUACUACUACUACUACUACUACUACUACUACUACUACUACUACUACUACUACUACUACUACUACUACUACUACUACUACUACUACUACUACUACUACUACUACUACUACUACUACUACUACUACUACUACUACUACUACUACUACUACUACUACUACUACUACUACUACUACUACUACUACUACUACUACUACUACUACUACUACUACUACUACUACUACUACUACUACUACUACUACUACUACUACUACUACUACUACUACUACUACUACUACUACUACUACUACUACUACUACUACUACUACUACUACUACUACUACUACUACUACUACUACUACUACUACUACUACUACUACUACUACUACUACUACUACUACUACUACUACUACUACUACUACUACUACUACUACUACUACUACUACUACUACUACUACUACUACUACUACUACUACUACUACUACUACUACUACUACUACUACUACUACUACUACUACUACUACUACUACUACUACUACUACUACUACUACUACUACUACUACUACUACUACUACUACUACUACUACUACUACUACUACUACUACUACUACUACUACUACUACUACUACUACUACUACUACUACUACUACUACUACUACUACUACUACUACUACUACUACUACUACUACUGUAGUGAAUGACAACACACGAGACGGAACAAUCAAAUGUAUUUGA